AUGUCGUCCUCAUCUAAGAAUACGAAUGACCAACAGCAGGGUGUGCUGCUCAAUCUUCCAACUGAGCUUCUACGUGAGAUUCUCGGCAAGGAUGAUCUGAAAUGGCAGGACUACUGGAACCUCCGACGUACAUCAUCUCGCCUAUCCCAGCUUGCUGAAGAGCCCAUGUACCGGGCAGGAGACUAUUGCAUCUUUCGAAUGGCUUGCUUCCGUGGCGAUCUCGAUACGCUAGCUAUUUGUGCUCAGUAUGGUGCCGUGCCGACCAAGCGCAUUGAGAAGGGCCUGUCCGAUGGUCCUUUGGGUCUCAUUAAGCCAGGAAAGGACCUGUACCGAAGAGAUAAGGAAGACGAAUACCAGGAGUGUUUGCAUUGGGAUAUCUGGGGCGAUGGAUCUCACGGGCCUGGGGAUAUUGUUAUUCUAGGAUUCUACGAAGGUAACUUUUCUGCAGAGAGAUUCAUCGAGCACGAAGGGAUCUGCGAGGUCAUCCAGUUCCUCUACAGCAAGGGCUUGAGAAUUCCUCAUCCGGACAGGAGACUUUGGAUGAGAGGAACCUGGCCAGCUUAUUACCCCUUAGCCAGGGAGAAUUGCUCAACCAUGCUGCAGGCUAUGCUACAGACUAACUGUCCACCCUCCAUUCUUGAGCUCUACUUGAGACAGGUCAAUGAUGAGGGUCUCGUUUUCGAUUAUGGCGUCACAUGGCAUUCACCCUUCAAUGGAUUGGGAAGCAUUACGCAAUUUCUCUCCGUCUUGUUCGAUGAAAUGUUCGCUCCCUGGAUCUACAAGGGUGACACUACCCGUAGUAUGAGCGACGAUCUCCAAGCAAAGAUCUGCUUACUAACUCAACAUCAGGGCGCUAAUGCUUUUGAGCUGUACGUGCUAGGAGAUAUUGUUAUCGCAUUGCGAAAGAUUGAUGUCAGAAAGGUGAGCCAAGGUGGUCUUGACUUUGACCGUGAUGGAGUUUGGUGCUGGUAUGAACUCUGCAUGGCAGUUGCUUAUAUCUCUGAUGAGGAUAUUCGGGGGCAAACCGUGGAUCUUCACUUCACCACUCCUGGAGACGUAGAGAUGAUUCAUCCAUACUUCAGCAGAGCUUGGGCCCCCCACGAACAGCUUGCGAAUGCGAGGAGAAAGGUUCUCGAGAAGAGAGCUCUUGUGUCUGGGCAAGACCCUAGGGACAUUGAGCCACAAGGACAGGAACCAACCACACGUAAUUGGGCCCAAAUGCCCCUGGAUGCUUGGGAUUACAUCCCUAGACACGGCAUUAACGAUAAAUUGAAAGGUGGAAGAUCGUAA